AUGCAGAGCUGGAGUUUGCCAUCCAGCCUAACACAACAGGAAAACAGCUUUUUGAUCAGUGUUUUGGAACAGCAUAAAUUGACAAAGGAGCAGUGGGAAGAAAGGAUACAGAACUGGCAUGAAGAACACAGGGGAAUGCUAAGGGAAGAUUCUAUGAUGGAAUACCUCAAAAUUGCACAAGAUUUGGAAAUGUAUGGAGUCAACUAUUUUGAAAUAAAGAACAAAAAGGGAACUGAGUUGUGGCUUGGUGUUGAUGCUUUGGGGUUAAAUAUUUAUGAACAUGAUGACAAGUUAACUCCCAAAAUCGGCUUUCCUUGGAGUGAAAUCAGAAAUAUUUCAUUUAAUGACAAAAAGUUUGUGAUAAAGCCUAUUGACAAAAAAGCUCCUGAUUUUGUGUUUUAUGCACCACGUCUGAGAAUCAAUAAACGAAUACUGGCACUGUGCAUGGGAAACCAUGAGCUAUAUAUGAGGAGGAGAAAGCCAGAUACAAUUGAAGUUCAACAAAUGAAGGCCCAAGCUAGGGAAGAAAAACAUCAAAAACAGUUGGAAAGGGCACAACUUGAGAAUGAGAAAAAGAAAAGGGAAAUAGCAGAAAAAGAGAAAGAAAGAAUAGAACGUGAAAAAGAUGAAUUAAUGGAACGGUUAAGACAAAUUGAAGAACAGACAAUGAAGGCCCAAAAAGAAUUGGAGGAGCAGACAAGAAAAGCUCUGGAACUGGAUCAGGAACGAAAGAAAGCAAAGGAGGAAGCAGAGCGUCUGGAAAAGGAACGUAGAGCUGCAGAAGAGGCAAAAGCUGCUUUGGCAAAACAGGCUGCUGACCAGAUGAAGAACCAGGAACAGCUAGCGGCAGAACUUGCUGAAUUUACUGCUAAGAUUGCACUUUUGGAGGAGGCCAAGAAGAAGAAAGAAGAAGAAGCUUCAGAAUGGCAACACAAAGCUUUUGCAGCCCAAGAAGAUCUGGAGAAGACCAAAGAAGAACUGAAGACUGUGAUGUCAGCUCCUCCCCCACCCCCUCCCCCACCUGUUGUCCCUGCCACAGAGAAUGAGCAUGAUGAACAAGAUGAGAAUAAUGCUGAAGCUAGUGCAGAAUUGGCCUCCGAUGGUGUUGAGAAUCACAGGAGCGAAGAAGAGCGUGUAACAGAAACACAGAAGAAUGAACGUGUUAAGAAACAACUCCAGGCCCUGAGUUCUGAGUUGGCACAAGCCCGAGAUGAAACCAAGAAAACCCAGAAUGAUGUCCUUCAUGCAGAGAAUGUCAAAGCAGGCCGUGAUAAAUACAAGACUCUUCGACAGAUCCGACAAGGCAAUACAAAGCAGCGCAUUGAUGAAUUUGAAGCAAUGUGAGAGCUGUUACUUUGCGUAUGUUCUUCAUUAAGCUUGAACCACCAGCAGAGAAAUACAGGCCUUUCCACAUGUGAAAGGAACACACCCCACUUUGCCAAAGCACUUAUACCAGUUUGUGGUUAAAACAUAAUUUCAUGAAAGUCAUUCAACAAUAAGUCAGCCUGUCUGCUAUGACUCUACGGGGUUGGUUGGUGGCAGCAUCAUCCAUGAUCUCAUAUCACAUAUUUUUAUUCUUUGUCCUCUGAAAGACUAGCACAGUCUUCUUCUGACAAAGCUGUUAACCUAAGCAUUGAUCAUUUGAGAGAUCUCUAGCUCUGAUGUUAUAAUAACUGACCACAGUUUUUGGCAUGUGUGCACUUUGGAAUGCUCUUUUCAGAUAAUGGAUUUGCAAGAAUUUUCAGGGCACCCCCCCCCCAAAAAAAAUGGUGGAGUUCUUUGGUGUUUCAUUUCCUGUCAUCAUUGAUGGUUUUCUUUGCCCACCUGUUCACAAAGGUCUAGCAGGGAGCUGUUCCAGCACACUUUUUUUCCUCAUGAAAAUACUGGAACAUUGCCUGUAAUAUUUGGCUUAUAGAUCUCUUUUACUGAAGUCUUUAAUUUUUAAAAACAGAUGGGAGGAAAAAUUAUAUUCUUUUAGUUCUCCUCCCCUUGUAUACUGUUAAUUGGUGUACCUGGACCUUUCUGGCAAGGGAGCAUAUGAAAACAUCAGUCCCAAGGAGGGGACAUUAUCCUACCUCAUUACAAUACACAUGAUGACUGGUCCUCCAAACACCAUAUUGAAUUGCUAACUGUGUUAAGCUGGGUUGUCCAUAGCUGAACACUACAGAAAUCUAGGAGCCUUUACUCUAAUAUUUUAUUCUAUUACUGGUAGAUCUAUAAUAUUCGAAUAUUGUUCAGUUGUCUUUUUGUCAAGUAAAACUGCAUCAUGUAUUUUACAUUUUUAGCAUAUAAUCUGUCACUAAUAUAUCAUUACAUAUACCACUAGUAUAUCCAGUGAGAGGGUGUGAACUGCUUUGAUCAUGGUUCCUGGAUUCCUUUGAAUUAAAGAAUGCUACGGAGCUCAUUUCUUAAUAAAGUCUUUGCAUAAAGUAAAGUCCUACACUCACUUUACGGCAUAUUUGGACAUCAUAUUAUCUCUGUUCCAUUCCUGUUGACUCAGAAGAUGCAAAGAAAGGAACAGCAUUGAUAUGCUCUGACCUUUCAGAGAAUCUGGUCACAGGAAUUGUAGCAGAACAAGGACAAAUGAAUUGCCUGAACUUUCCACUUUUCAACUUUUCGUUGAAGUUCAUCAUAAACUCAAUGGCUGAAAUCCUCUUGUGCAGUUAUGCAAAUAGUGUGCUUUUUUAAUGUAAACUUACACCAGUUAAGAAAUGUCCAUAGGUGUUAUAUUUUGUGUGGCUCAGCUUGCACCAGAUAAUGUCUACAGAAAUUCUUAACUUCUGGCAAUUCAGUCCCAAAAGUGAUGCUCUUUGUGUAACUGGGCAACAGGAUUUCAGCCAAUGAAUAUUGAAUUUCUGUUUAGAACUAAUGUUGAAUCACUCUUCUAUAGCACUCUUUGGCAUGACUAAUCAAAACUGGGCACCUUGAGUUUAGAAGAUCAUGUUUAUAGAAACAAAAUGGGAAUUAUAUACUGUUUUAUAUCUCUUUAAUUAGCAUUUGGGAGGGGAAAAAAAGCUCUGCUUUCUCUAAGGAUGGUUUGCCUGUCUUCUGUUUGGUGUUACAUAUUCAAAAUUUACACUUACCAAAAUGGCCAUUUUAUUAAAUUUCCAUACACAAGAUGCUUAUGAAUCAUUUGGGGAAGUUUUUCCCCCCUGACUUUAAGGGAGGACAUCAUGAAAGGGAAAGAUACACAUCUACAGAUUUAUUUUUUGGAUAAAGGUAGCUGGCUAACCUUGCCUAGACUGGGGUGCAAAUGCUGUGCACGUGCUCAAAACACUGUUUGUUGCCCCAGGGCAUUUCUGCUUCCAGAUGCAGAAAAUGGGGCAAACAUCUUGCAUGUUUUCAUGCAGUCAAUUAUGAAACCUGUAUUUCUUCCUGUUUUUUUUAAAGGGGGCAUAGCAGUGGAAUGCAGUGCACUGGUUUCCCCUGAAAUAUGCGCACAUGCAUCGACAUGCUAGUCUAUCAGUGUGAGGGGGUGGGUGAACACCAGUUAGAUUUGCUGUUUGUAAUCUACAGAUUAUAGAUUAGUCUAAAUGGAUCAAAUCCAUAUAUAAAACUGUGUGACUUUUUCUAAGCAACCCGGAGUUAACAUCUGUAUCAAGGUUUUUCACCAGAAGUAAAGUGCUGAUGAUGAUUGUCACCAGCUGUUGGGGAAACAGUACAGAGACAUUAUGAAAAUACUUGAUGAAGUUAUUUUCUACAUGUUUCCCCUCUUUUCCCCCCUACCCUCCUUAGCAUAAUGUUUUGUGUUGUAAAAUUAAACUACAGUUAAUAGCAUCUAUUAUUUUGGGUAACAUUCAUUGGCUAACAAUAAAGAAAGUACAGUUCAUUUUU